GGCGCUGCAGCGCGAGGGGCGGAGAGGCAGAGCGCCGAGAGGACCAGACGCCAAGUCGCCUGCAUCCCGGUGCCGCAGGAGAGAGGAAGCGCGCCCCGGCCCUGCUCUCCAGCCAUCGCCCGGGCGCCCGCAACAGCCUUCUCAGCCGCAGAGCACCUGUCCUCUGCCUCGGCCUCAGCUGAGCCCCCGCCUCUGGAGCACACACCACCUCUGCCGCCCAAGAAGUGCCCCAGCCCCGCGCCGGCGACCACCAUGGCGGAGACCAACAACGAAUGUAGCAUCAAGGUGCUCUGCCGAUUUCGGCCCCUGAACCAGGCCGAGAUUCUGCGCGGAGACAAGUUCAUCCCCAUUUUCCAAGGGGACGACAGCGUCGUUAUUGGGGGGAAGCCGUAUGUCUUUGACCGUGUAUUCCCCCCAAACACGACUCAGGAGCAAGUUUAUCAUGCGUGUGCCAUGCAGAUUGUCAAAGAUGUCCUUGCUGGCUACAAUGGCACCAUUUUUGCUUAUGGACAGACAUCCUCAGGGAAAACACAUACCAUGGAGGGAAAGCUGCAUGACCCCCAGCUGAUGGGUAUCAUUCCUCGCAUUGCCCGAGACAUCUUCAACCAUAUCUACUCCAUGGACGAGAACCUUGAGUUCCACAUCAAGGUUUCUUACUUUGAGAUUUACCUGGACAAAAUUCGUGACCUUCUGGAUGUGACCAAAACAAAUCUGUCUGUGCACGAGGACAAGAACCGGGUGCCGUUUGUCAAGGGUUGUACUGAACGCUUUGUGUCCAGCCCCGAAGAGAUUUUAGAUGUGAUUGAUGAGGGGAAAUCGAAUCGUCAUGUGGCUGUCACCAACAUGAAUGAACACAGCUCUCGAAGCCACAGCAUCUUCCUCAUCAACAUCAAGCAGGAGAAUAUGGAGACUGAGCAGAAGCUCAGUGGGAAGCUGUACCUAGUGGACCUGGCAGGGAGCGAGAAGGUCAGCAAGACGGGAGCAGAGGGCGCCGUGCUGGACGAGGCAAAGAAUAUCAACAAGUCCCUGUCAGCCUUGGGGAAUGUGAUCUCUGCACUGGCCGAGGGCACUAAAACCUACGUUCCAUAUCGUGACAGCAAAAUGACGCGGAUUCUCCAGGACUCCUUGGGAGGAAACUGCCGGACAACUAUGUUCAUCUGCUGCUCGCCAUCCAGCUUCAACGACGCGGAGACCAAGUCCACCCUGAUGUUCGGGCAGCGGGCAAAGACCAUUAAGAACACUGCCUCAGUGAAUCUAGAGUUGACUGCUGAGCAGUGGAAGAAGAAAUAUGAGAAGGAAAAGGAGAAGACAAAGGCUCAGAAGGAGACGAUUGCAAAGCUGGAGGCUGAGCUGAGCCGGUGGCGCAAUGGAGAGAAUGUGCCUGAGACUGAGCGCCUGGCUGGGGAGGACGCAGCCCUGGGAGCCGAGCUCUGUGAGGAGACACCUGUGAACGACAACUCAUCCAUCGUGGUGCGCAUUGCGCCCGAGGAGCGGCAGAAAUACGAGGAAGAGAUCCGCCGCCUCUACAAGCAGCUUGAUGACAAGGAUGAUGAGAUCAACCAGCAGAGCCAGCUCAUAGAGAAGCUCAAGCAGCAAAUGCUGGACCAGGAAGAGCUGCUGGUGUCCACCAGAGGAGACAAUGAGAAGGUCCAGCGGGAGCUGAGCCACCUGCAGUCAGAGAAUGACGCCGCGAAGGAUGAGGUGAAGGAAGUGCUGCAGGCCCUGGAGGAGCUGGCCGUGAACUAUGACCAGAAGUCCCAGGAGGUGGAGGAAAAGAGCCAGCAGAACCAGCUUCUGGUGGAUGAGCUGUCUCAGAAGGUGGCCACCAUGCUGUCACUGGAGUCUGAGUUGCAGCGGCUACAGGAGGUCAGUGGACACCAGCGAAAGCGAAUCGCUGAGGUGCUGAACGGGCUGAUGAAGGACCUGAGUGAGUUCAGUGUCAUCGUGGGCAACGGGGAGAUUAAGCUGCCAGUGGAGAUUAGCGGGGCCAUCGAGGAGGAGUUCACCGUGGCCCGACUCUACAUCAGCAAAAUCAAAUCAGAAGUCAAGUCUGUGGUCAAGCGGUGCCGGCAGCUGGAGAACCUCCAGGUUGAAUGUCAUCGCAAGAUGGAAGUGACUGGGCGGGAGCUCUCGUCCUGCCAGCUCCUCAUCUCCCAGCACGAGGCCAAGAUCCGCUCGCUUACAGAAUACAUGCAGAGUGUGGAGCUGAAGAAGCGGCACCUGGAAGAGUCCUAUGACUCCCUGAGUGAUGAGCUGGCCAAGCUCCAGGCCCAGGAAACUGUGAAUGAAGUGACCCUGAAGGACAAGGAGCCAGACACACAGGAUGCAGAUGAAGUGAAGAAGGCGUUGGAGCUGCAGAUGGAGAAUCACCGGGAGGCCCAUCACCGGCAGCUGGCUCGGCUCCGGGACGAGAUCAAUGAGAAGCAGAAAACCAUUGAUGAGCUCAAAGACCUGAAUCAGAAGCUCCAGCUGGAGCUAGAGAAGCUUCAGGCUGAUUACGAGAAGCUGAAGAACGAAGAGCAUGAGAAGAGCACCAAACUCCAGGAGCUGACAUUUCUGUACGAGCGACACGAGCAGUCCAAGCAGGACCUCAAGGGUCUGGAGGAGACAGUUGCCCGGGAACUCCAGACCCUCCACAACCUUCGCAAACUGUUCGUUCAAGACGUCACGACUCGAGUCAAGAAAAGUGCAGAAAUGGAGCCCGAGGACAGUGGGGGGAUUCACUCCCAAAAGCAGAAGAUUUCCUUUCUUGAGAACAACCUGGAACAGCUUACAAAGGUUCACAAACAGCUGGUACGUGACAAUGCAGAUCUGCGUUGUGAGCUUCCUAAAUUGGAAAAACGACUUAGGGCUACGGCUGAGAGAGUUAAGGCCCUGGAGGGUGCACUGAAGGAGGCCAAGGAGGGCGCCAUGAAGGACAAGCGGCGGUACCAGCAGGAGGUGGACCGCAUCAAGGAGGCCGUUCGGUACAAGAGCUCCGGCAAGCGCGGCCAUUCCGCCCAGAUUGCCAAGCCCGUCCGGCCUGGCCACUACCCAGCGACUUCACCCACCAACCCCUAUGGCACCCGGAGCCCUGAGUGCAUCAGUUACACCAACAGCCUCUUCCAGAACUACCAGAAUCUGUACCUGCAGGCCGCACCUAGCUCCACCUCAGACAUGUACUUUGCAAACUCCUGUACCAGCAGUGGGGCCACGUCUUCUGGCGGCCCCUUGGCUUCCUACCAGAAGGCAAACAUGGACAAUGGAAAUGCCACAGAUAUCAAUGACAAUAGGAGUGACCUGCCAUGCGGCUAUGAGGCUGAGGACCAGGCCAAGCUUUUCCCUCUCCACCAAGAGACGGCGGCCAGCUAAUCGCCACGUGGACUGCCGCAUACCUGCACUUUCAGUUUCUAAGAGGGACUGAGGCCUCUUCUCUCAGCAUGCUGCAAACCUGUGGUCUCUGAUACUAUCUCCCUCCCUGCCCUGUUGUUCGACUGUACCACGUUUGACGUCCUCUCUUCCUCUGUAUCUCUUUGUACUCUGUAUCGAUAUAUCAAAAGCUGCUGCUACGUCUCUCUCCUCUCUGUCUUACUCUCUAGUAUCUAAUGAUGUAUUUAGCAAUUUCUAAGCAUAGUGGACCCUCCUCAUUUGGGGCAAUAGGAGGAGGGUGAAUGUUUCUUCUUUCUCUCAUAUAUGCGUCCCUCACACUGAGUGGUGUUAGUCACGGAGAUGAUGAAAGGAAAAACGGGAGCUAGAGGGCUGUGAUCCUUCACA